GGGACACAGGGGCGUGGAGUGGCUGGCAUACAUGCUUUUCCAUGCUGCAACGUGUGGGAUGGCAUGCAAUUUUGGAUUGGCUGCUUUCUCCACCCUUCUCUUUUAUUUAAAGGGCAGGGCACUGCCUUCGGAUUCAAUUCAUAGAAAACCCAGAGAGAGAGAGGGAUAUGAUCGAGGGCCACAUUAGUACAGUGCUGACCCAUACAGAAAGUCAGUGAAGAACGAUCUGUCCAAAGCAGAAGAUUAAGGUUAUAUAUAAAAUUCCUUAGUCAAGGAAUUUUUGAGAGGUGAUGGGUAAGACUGUAAACGAAUUGAGCCAAGUUUUUACCAAUUCCGACACGACUCAAGUACACCAAAUAACGAAGCUUGGCUCACUAAUUUGCAGCCCUAAUGUAGUGUGAACAUCGAAAGGAAAUAGAGGAUUCAAAAUGAAUAUUGAAACAAUCAAAAGUAUAGGAGAAGAACGAGCUGUCCCAAGCAGAAGAUUACUUCUUCUGCUUAGUCAAGGAAUUUUGGAGGUUAUUGGGUUCCGUGCGCUGCCUGCAUUUUUUGAUUAUCCUUAUUAGAGAAGUUCCCUGCUUUACAUAAAUAACACAUUUUGGUACAUCACCAAAUAUUCAUAUCCUACAUUCUCAUUUUCUCGGGAAACUCCAAGGAAAAGUGCUGCCUUUGAUCUUAGAAACUGUUGUUUGCUUCAAGGGAUUGAGUUGAGUUAAGGCUUCAUCCUGAAAAUUUCGAAUUUCCACCAAAAUGGCUGAACCAAAGCUUGACAAACCCUUGAUCGCUCCAUCUGCUUCGUCGAGACUUCCUGAUUUCAAACAGGGUGUGAAACUGAAAUAUGUGAAACUGGGCUACCAUUACCUCGUCACUCAUGCAAUGUACCUCUUCCUAUCACCUCUGGCAGUCAUCACUGUCGUCCAACUCUCCACAUUCUCCCUCCAAGAUGUUCAUGACCUUUUGGGGAAACUCCGGUACAAUCUCAUUUCAGUAAUCCUUUGCUCCAGCACCCUUGUUUUUCUAUCCACUCUCUAUUUCCUUACUCGCCCCCGCCCUGUUUAUCUUGUUGAUUUCUCGUGCUUUAAGCCUGAUGAUGAUGAUAAAAAAUGCUCGUGGCAACGUUUCAUAAAGUGUUCUGAAUCGAUAGGUACAACCACUGAGGAAAAUAUUGAGUUCCAAAGGAAAAUUAUGGUGAGAUCUGGUCUUGGUGAAUCAACUUACCUGCCACCAGCUAUUUUGAAUAUUCCUCCAAAUCCAUCAAUGGCGGAAGCGACAGAAGAAGUCAAGAUGAUAAUGUUUGGUGCUCUUGAUCACCUCUUUGAGAAAACCUCUGUGAACCCAAAAGAUAUCAGUAUCCUUAUUGUGAAUUGUAGCAUAUUCAAUCCCACACCUUCUCUAUCUGCAAUGGUUGUCAACCAUUACAAGCUAAGAGAGAACAUACGUACUUAUAAUUUGGGUGGGAUGGGUUGUAGUGCUAGUUUGAUCUCUAUUGAUCUUGCGAAAGACCUACUUAGAGUUAAUUCAAAUUCAUAUGCAUUGGUUGUAAGCAUGGAAAGCAUAACUAUGAAUUGGUAUUUUGGGAACGAGAAAUCAAUGAUCCUCUCGAAUUGCUUGUUCCGAAUGGGAGGGGCUGCGGUUCUGCUUUCCAACAAGAUGUCCGAUCGAUGGCAUUCUAAGUACAAAUUGGUCCACACUGUUCGGACUCACAGAGGUUCUGAUGAUAAGUGCUAUACUUGUGCUACCCAGCGAGAGGAUUCCAUUGGGAAGAUCGGGAUUUCUUUGUCAAAGGAUCUGAUGGCAGUUGCUGGCGAUGCCCUGAAGGCAAACAUCACUACAUUGGACCCUCUUGUGCUACCAAUAUCUAAACAGCUACUCUUCUUUGCAACAUUGGUCGGGAGGAAAUUUUUUAAGGUGAAGAUGAAGCCUUACAUCCCAGAUUUGAAGCUGGCUUUUGAGCAUUUCUGUAUUCAUGCUGGUGGAAGAGCUGUGCUGGAUGAAUUGCAGAAGAACUUGCAGCUUACUGAUUGGCAUAUCGAACCUUCGAGGAUGACACUUUAUCGUUUUGGAAACAUAUUGAGUAGCUCUAUCUGGUAUGAAUUGGCUUAUACCGAAGCCAAGGGAAGGGUGAAGAAAGGAGAUAGAACAUGGCAGAUAACACUUGGUUCCGGGUUCAAGUGUAACAGUGCAGUUUGGGAGGCUCUAAGAACUAUCAACCCCGAAAAGGAGAAGAAUCCCUGGAUGAUAGAGAUCCACCAAUUCCCCGUAAAUGUUCCAAAAGUCUCAGCCAUCUAAAGUUUGAGGGCCUCCUUGGGUGGUAAAUCUGUCCUGUCUUUGUUUCACAAUGGAAUUUAUGUUCUUAGGGGCUGUAAGAUGGUCGGUUAUUUCUGUGUCAGCUUUCUUUUUCCUUAUGCUUUGAGUUUAGGUGUAUCAAAAUAUGGGUCAGUAGAUGUGUUGUUGCAGAUGUUGGGAAUGCAAAGAAAACAAUAGGAUCCAUUGCUAGAUUAAGAGUUUUUAGGUUAAAAGGGGUUCUCAUCUAGAGUGUUCCACUGGAUUGGAUUCAUUUUAUGCCAGGGCAUGCUGAAAGCAAACUGUCCACUUUGUGCUACGUGAUAAGCUCAACGUGGCUUGGAAUCUAAUAUAAUUCGCCCAAUGUUAAGUUGUUUAUGAAUGGAACCCAAAUUGCCUGUCUGGUGUCCACUUUUA